UCGUCAACAAUCUUGUCGUCUUUACUUUUCCCUCUCGACGGAGAAGUAAAGACGAGAAGAGAAAAUCAAGGAAAAUCCCAAUUUUCCUUCCUGUCAGAGGCAAACACCCACUCCACUCACUACCUAAAAGAGGGACGAAAGCGAGUACUAAUAGUCCAUAAAACCACAAAAUCCAAGUUUAGGCGCAUUUAGGAGGAGUAAUAUACACAAUGAAGGGGAAGAAGAAGGCUACUCCGAAUCCAAACUACAUCGGCUUCAUUGUUGAGGCUGAAGCCAGUAACACUGGCGAAUUCGAUACGCAGUUGAAGCUGCCAGAACAGCAACGUGAAGGAGGAGAAGCAGAAGAAGAAGAGGAAGAAGGAGAAGAAGGGGAAGGAGGUGUUGAUGGGGAAGAGAGAGAAGGAGAGGAGGAGGAGGAAGAACGUCCAAAGCUCGCUGAUGGGUUUUACGAAAUCGAAGCUAUUCGUCGCAGGCGGGUUCGAAAGGGUGAACUCCAGUAUCUGAUCAAAUGGCGGGGCUGGCCGGAAACUGCCAACACCUGGGAGCCAUUAGAGAAUUUGCAGUCAAUUCCUGAUGUUGUUGAUGCUUUCGAAGAGAGCCUGCAAUCUGGUAAAUCUUCUCGAAAACGAAAGCGCAAUUAUGGGGGUUCUCAUAGUCAGCCCAAGAAGAAACAGCCACACUCCUUGGUUGCUGUGUACAAUGUAGCAGAUUUUACAGGUUCAGGUCUUGAAGUAGAGAAUAAUGGGAAUACCCACAAUGUCAGAACACUUAUGCAAGGUGAUGAGAAUUGGUUUGCUAGAAUCCAUGGAAGGAAAGACGAUAAUGAACAUGAUCCGAAGCUUAGUGAGCUUAAAGGUACAUUAUCUACUAAUGAGGUCAGCACUGAUAAGCUUGCAGUACAUUUCCAUGAAGGCAAGGCCCCUGAAAAUGAUGGUCCAGCAAAUGAUCUUCCAAAGAUUAAUCACAUGGAAGCUGUUCAGAGCAAUCACCGGACUGGAGCUAGGAAGAGGAAAUCUGGUUCUGUCAAGAGAUUUAGGCCAGAUUCUGCCUGUUUUGAACCUGCUUUUGGCCAGUAUUCUGCAUCAAAUGGUUGUAAUGGCCUACUUCCCCCGGUAGGGAUUGAAAAUCCUGACUUGAUUGGAGAUACUUCAGGUCUAAUGCCCAUGUUUGAUGGUUCUUUUGUUGCAUCGUCCAUUACCAAGAUCAUUAAGCCCAUAGGCUAUUCAACUUCUGUGUCGGACAAUGUUCAGGACGUAUUGGUAACCUUUUUGGCAUUGAGGUCUGACGGGAAAGAAGUAAUGGUAGAUAACCAAUUUCUCAAGGCUAGCAAUCCACUUCUGUUGAUCAACUUCUACGAGCAGCAUCUCAGGUACAAUCCUGCAUCAUGACUUGGUGGAGGAACCUUUUCAGUCUAGCUGCAUCUGCACUGUCUCGCGUUUUUUUAUGUACACAGAGCUGUCAUUUUGUAGUUCUAAGAGAGUUAGAGCAGGAUAAUGAGCGCCUUAGCACCUUAGUUCACACAUGUGAAACCUUUUGAUAUAGUUUGUCGUACAAUCCCCGCCAUCUUAGCUUUUUGUACAAUGGAAUUGAUUACUACACAGAGAUGACUAGACUUUCAAAGCAAAAAAAUUUUAGUUUGAACUCUCCAUCUUCACUC